AUGCAUUCCUUCAAUAAAUACGUGGAGAUAUCUAAUACAACAAGAAUUUUGUUUGAACAUAUUCCGCUCACCUACUUGUCCCAUACAAAAGUGGAGGGGAAUUUAGCCUUCUGCCUAUGUACAUAUUCUGCUAUGUCUCUACAAAAAAAGGAUACGAUGACAAUAGAUGUUUUUAGUGUACAAAACAUGACAUUUAAAUUCUUUGCCUCAACGUCUUUGGUACCGAAUAUAGUGCAAACCCCUGUUCACAUUCUUCUGUCUCGUCUCAAAUCCGCAGUGAAUAUUGGUGAUUGUGCUUCCCUGUCAUUUGCCCGACCACCCACUUGUGACUUCAUAUUAUGCAAUUUGGAGGGUGUGCUUUUUUGUGCAGAUGUUUCAAUGCAUUUACUACUGUCAGGCAUAAAUGUCAAGCACUGCAAGAAAUUGAAACAAUGGAAACGAUCUACGAAACGCAUUUAUCUCAUGCUUAGGCACGCAUUUCAUCCCAAUGAGCUUUGUGAUGCAGCAUCGAAUGGGACUGCGAAUUGUCGCAAAAGCCACUUCAGUCAUGCUCCUUGGUUUGGCCAGCUAACUGCGCAACUAGAGCCAAUGCAGACAUUUGUUCCUUUGUGCCAAGGAGUUCUGCUCUUUUUAAGAAAACUAAAGCGCUUUAGUUUACAAGCUAGAUUAUGGCGUUUCAACAAAAAUAAAGGUUAUUCUUCAUUUCAAGAUGAUACCACACAAGCAUUGAUUUUGCGAUGGUCUCAAAAGACGUGCCUGAAAUAUAAUGUGCAUACAGCGAGUGCUAAAGUAGCGAAUGAGGCCUCGGAAUUUGGAAGGUUUUACAUGUACUGUACAAGUUUAUUUGCUUUGAACAUCGAUGAGGACCGCAGCAAUACGACUUUAAAAGACAUCGACAGUCUGAAACAAGUGGCUUUACGUAGAACAACAAAACUGCGACUACGUUACGGGAUCAUCAUUUAUUAG